AGUGAGUUUGAUUUUACAGAAUGGGAAGCCUAUGAGCACCUAUCACAGCUGUAUUGGUUGUCACAGCACCUGCUGAUGUUCAAAUAGUUGCGGCAAAGAAAGUUAUCUCAUCUCCUCACAUUACAAGCAGUCAUGUGCAACAGGAUGAUACGCAAGAGAAAAGGCGCUGGUGUUUACCUGGCUGCAGCUGUUAUUCUGACGUGUUAUUUUGCGCAAACUUUAGACUGUUAUCGUCUGAAGAAAACAGAAAGACGAGAAGGGAGAAAAGAUGCCGAUGCAACAAAUGGGUUCCGAGAGGGGACAAUUGUUUUCGGGAGAGCUUUUGAAAAAGGGUCAGGACUUGAUUCUCAAGUCACAGACGGGACCAAUAAAUCAUCCUCAAACGCUUAUGAGGAGGAUGAAGGUGAUUAUCAAGCAGACGCUGCAGGCUGGAUGAGCCCAACACAAGUCGCCAGUCCCAAAGACUCAUCAUGGAUGAGCAUGUCGCCCUCACUGCAGUGUGGUUCGGGCAAGUUGAAGUUCAGAGCAGUGGGAUCAGGAGCAUCACAAUUUGCAGUAGAACAAGGAAAUGCACCUCCAAUGCCUCUGUCCCAGGUCCCGUCUACCUGUGGCUACAGCAUGCAGAGGAACUCAUAUGCACUUGUCAUGUUGGUUCCCUAUGAUGGCUGCAACAUGGUUCAAGAGGGUGGAAGUUAUGUACUCCCGAUGCGUUGGCAAGGAAUUCCAGUAUCUCUCUGGUGUUCCAAACCUGCCUCACCUCCUGCCUCACCUCCUGCCUCACCUCCUGCCUCACCUCCUGCCUCACCUCCUGCCUCACCUCCUGCCUCACCUCCUGCCGCACCUCCUGCCGCACCUCCUGCCUCACCUCCUGCCUCACCUCCUGCCUCACCUCCUGCCUCACCUCCUGCCUCACCUCCUGCCUCACCUCCUGCUUCCAAAACAACUUCCCCCAAUUCCCCUGUAGCUCAGAUGCCUCAAACCCCUCAGAUGCCCCAACACCCUCAGAAGCCCCAACACCCUCAGAAGCCCCAACACCCUCAGAAGCCCCAACACCCUCAGAAGCCCCAACACCCUCAGAAGCCCCAACACCCUCAGAAGCCCCAACACCCUCAGAAGCCCCAACACCCUCAGAAGCCCCAACACCCUCAGAAGCCCCAACACCCUCAGAAGCCCCCACACCCUCAGAAGCCCCCACACCCUCAGAAGCCCCCACACCCUCAGAAGCCCCCACACCCUCAGAAGCCCCCACACCCUCAGAAGCCCCCACACCCUCAGAUGCCCCAGAUGCCUCAAAACCCUCAAUACUCUCAAAUGCCUCAAAACCCUCAGAUGCCCCAGAUGCCCCCACAUCCUCAGAUGCCCCAACACCCUCAGAUGCCCCAACACCCUCAGAUGCCCCAACACCCUCAAAACCCUGAGAUGCCUCAGAUGCCCCAGAUGCCCCAACACCCUCAGAUGCCCCCAAACCCUGAGAUGCCUCAUAUGCCCCAACACCCUCAAAAGCUCCAACAGCCUCAAAACCCUCAAUACUCUCAGAUGUCCCCACAUCCUCAAAACCCUGAGAUGCCUCAGAUGCCCCAACACCCUGAGAUGCCUCAGAUGCCCCAACACCCUGAGAUGCCCCAAAACCCUGAGAUGCCCCAACACCCUCAGAUGCCCAAACUGCCUCAAAACUCUCAAUACCCUCAGAUGCCCCAACACCCUCAGAUGCCCCAACACCCUCAGAAGCUCCAACACCCUCAAAACCCUCAAUACCCUCAGAUGCCUCAUAUGCCCCCACACCCUCAGAUGCCUCAUAUGCCCCCACACCCUCAGAUGCCUCAUAUGCCCCCACACCCUGAGAUGCCUCAUAUGCCCCAACACCCUCAAAACCCUGAGAUGCCUCAGAUGCCGCAAAACCCUGAGAUGCCUCAAAACCCUGAGAUGCCUCAGAUGCCCCAACAUCCUCAGAUGCCCCAAAACCCUGAGAUGCCUGAGAUGCAUUCCCCAGAUGCCUCAAACCCCUCAAUACCCUCAGAUGCCCCAACACCCUCAGAUUCCCCAGAUGCCUCAGAUAUUCCCCAACACCCUCAGAUUCCCCAACACCCUCAGAUGCCCCAACACCCUCAGAUGCCCCAACACCCUCAGAUGCCCCAACACCCUCAGAUGCCCCAACACCCUCAGAUGCCCCAACACCCUCAGAUGCCCCAACACCCUCAGAUGCCCCAACACCCUCAGAUGCCCCAACACCCUCAGAUGCCCCAACACCCUCAGAUGCCCCAACACCCUCAGAUGCCCCCACACCCUCAGAUGCCUCAUAUGCCCCAAAACCCUCAGAUGCCCCAAAACCCUCAGAUGCCUCAAAACCCUCAGAUGCCCCAAAACCCUCAGAUGCCCCAGAUGCCUCAACACCCUCAGAUGCCCCAGAUGCCCCCACACCCUCAGAUGCCCCAGAUGCCCCCACACCCUCAGAUGCCCCAGAUGCCCCCACACCCUCAGAUGCCCCAACACCCUCAAAACCCUGAGAGGCCUGAGAUGCCCCAACACCCUCAGAUGCCCCAACACCCUCAGAUGCCCCAGAUGCCUCAAAACCCUCAAUACUCUCAAAUGCCUGAGAUGCCCCAGAUGCCCCAACACCCUCAGAUGCCCCAGAUGCCCCAGAUGCCCCCACACCCUCAGAUGCCCCAGAUGCCCCCACAUCCUCAGAUGCCCCAGAUGCCCCCACACCCUCAGGUGCCCCCACACCCUCAGAUGCCCCAACACCCUCAAAACCCUGAGAUGCCUCAGAAGCCCCAACACCCUCAAAACCCUGAGAUGCCUCAGAAGCCCCAACACCCUCAAAACCCUGAGAUGCCUCAGAAGCCCCAACACCCUCAAAACCCUGAGAUGCCUCAGAAGCCCCAACACCCUGAGAUGCCUCAGAAGCCCCAACACCCUCAAAACCCUGAGAUGCCUCAGAAGCCCCAACACCCUCAAAACCCUGAGAUGCCUCAGAAGCCCCAACACCCUCAAAACCCUGAGAUGCCUCAGAAGCCCCAACACCCUCAAAACCCUGAGAUGCCUCAGAAGCCCCAACACCCUCAAAACCCUGAGAUGCCUCAGAAGCCCCAACACCCUCAGAAGCCUGAGAUGCCUCAGAUGCCCCAGAUGCCCCAACACCCUCAGAUGCCCCAACACCCUCAGAUGCCCCAACACCCUCAGAUGCCCCAACACCCUCAGAUGCCCCAACACCCUCAGAUGCCCCAUAUGCCCCCACACCCUCAGAUGCCCCAUAUGCCCCCACACCCUCAGAUGCCCCAUAUGCCCCCACACCCUCAAAUGCCCCAACACCCUCAGAUGCCCCAGAUGCCCCAACACCCUCAGAUGCCUCAGAUGACCCAACACCCUCAGAUGACCCAACACCCUCAGAUGCCUCAUAUGCCCCAAAACCCUGAGAUGCCCCAGAUGCCUCAAAACCCUCAAUACUCUCAAAUGCCUCAACACCCUCAAUACUCUCAAAUGCCCCAACACCCUCAGAUGCCCCAGAUGCCCCAACACCCUCAGAUGCCCCAACACCCUCAAAACCCUGAGAUGCCUCAGAAGCCCCAACACCCUCAAAACCCUGAGAUGCCUCAGAAUCCCCAACACCCUCAAAACCCUGAGAUUUCUCAGAAGCCCCAACACCCUCAACACCCUCAGAUGCCCCAGAUGACUCAAACCCCUGAGAUGCCCCAACACCCUCAAAACCCUGAGAUGCCUCAAAACCCUGAGAUAACUCAGAUGCCCCAACACCCUCAGAUGCCCCAACACCCUCAGAUGCCCCAGAUGCCUCAAAACCCUCAAUACUCUCAAAUGCCUCAAAACCCUGAGAUGCCUCAGAUGCCUCAGAUGCCCCAACACCCUCAGAUGCCCCAUAUGCCCCCACACCCUCAGAUGCCCCAUAUGCCCCCACACCCUCAGAUGCCCCAACACCCUCAGAUGCCCCAACACCCUCAGAUGCCUCAUAUGCCUCAAAACCCUGAGAUGCCCCAGAUGCCUCAAAACCCUCAAUACUCUCAAAUGCCCCAACACCCUCAGAUGGCCCAGAUGCCCCAACACCCUCAGAUGCCCCAGAUGCCCCAACACCCUCAGAUGCCCCUACACCCUCAGAUGCCUCAGAAGCCCCAACACCCUCAAAACCCUGAGAUGCCUCAGAAGCCCCAACACCCUCAAAACCCUGAGAUGCCUCAGAAGCCCCAACACCCUCAAAACCCUGAGAUGCCUCAGAAGCCCCAAAACCCUCAGAAGCCCCAACACCCUCAGAAGCCCCAACACCCUCAGAAGCCCGAGGCAACGACCACACUGCCUACAACUGCAAAGGCGACUCAAAUUCCUGCACUGCCUCAGAUGCCUCACUACGCUCUGAUGCCUCAAUACCAUCUGAUGCGUCAAUACCCUAAGAUGCCUCAAUACGCUCAGAUGCCGUUUCCACAAUAUAUGCCGAUGUAUCCUACCUUUAAUCCUCUUUAUCCUCCCAAAUAUCGAGCUACAAAGCCAAAACCUACUGCGGCGACAACACCAACUACAACUAAACCAAAGGCUAAAAAUCCCUCAUCGCAGCUUCCACCAUCAAUGCCUUACUAUCAUCUUUACCCUAUGACCCCUCCCUAUCCCCAAUAUCCAACCACUCCAGCUACCACUGUGAAAACAGAUCCCCCGCCCACACCAGCACCCCAUUCUCCUUGUCAUCCCCAUGUUCACUUGCCCAUACCAAUGCUGCCUCCUUUUCUUCCUCCAAGCUACCAUACUUAAACAGUUCUAAUAAAAGUUUUGAACAGAC